AUGGACGAGGUCAAGAAUUCCGAAAAGCCUUAUUCCAUGAAGCACGAUGAGGUUGGCACCAUACAGUCGGUUCAGGAUGUGGAACUACAGUCGUCCCACGGCGCAGACUACAGCACCUUGCAUACACCAAUGGUAGACGGCGACUAUGCUGUGACAGCGAAGACCUGGGCCGUCGUGAUAACUCUAGCUAUCUCUUAUGGGAUUUCGUUCUGGCCAGUCCCAUUCUUCAGUACCAUUGAGAUACAAAUCGCCACUCAGUUUGGGGCACCCGCAAGCGGUACCUGGAUCAAUUCGGUUUAUCCUCUUGCUGGCACUGUCUCAUUCAUGCUCUGUGGUGCCAAUAGCGACUUGUUCGGCCGGCGAUAUUUCAUCCUCGCGGGCAACGUUCUCGUCUUCAUUGGGGCCAUCCUGGGCGGCACCUCAAAAUCCUUGGGCCAGACCAUUGCUGCACACGUCUUGUUGGGAUUCGGUGGAUGCCAAUGUCAACUGGCCGCGUUCGCGGCACCUGAACUUCUUCCCAACAAGUGGCGUCAUUGGGCUGUGGUCAUUGCCGAUGCCAUGGUCCUCUUUUCCGUCAUUGUCGGGCCGCCUACGGCUCGAAUCGCCAUCAGACACGGUGACGCUUGGCGUUGGGGAUAUUGGGGCAUAGUGAUUAGCAUUGCUAUAUCCUUUAUUGUCCUCGCACUCCUUUACUUUCCUCCCAAGCACCCGCGCGGCGUCGCAUGGCACGUGGCUCUCAGGCAACUCGACUAUGUCGGCAUGUCGACAUUUACCGGGGCCACGACCCUGAUUCUCACGGGCAUCGUCUACGUCCAGGUCCGACCUUCCAACGACCCUCUGGUUAUUGGCCUUCUCGUCUCGGGGUUUGCGUCGAUGUUGAUGUUCGGCGCCUGGGAAACAUUUGCUCCCUUGAAACAACCACUCGCCCCGACCCGCCUAUUCACCCACAAUAGAGGUCGCACGCUGACCGCCCCGUUCAUCGUCGGCUUUGUCGUGACCAUGUUCUACUACGGCACCAACAUCGUGUGGCCGACCAUGGUUGUGACCUAUUUCACCACGCCUACCACGCCGUUUCACGUCACAUUGCUAAUGUCGACGGUCCAAGGGUUCGGGAUUUUCACCGGUGCCAUGAUCCUUUCCUUUGCCGGGACUUAUAUUCAGCACUGGAAAUGGCAGAUGACGGUUCCCAUCACGUUAAUGACCCUCUUCGGUGGCUUGCUGGCCUACAUCACUCCGGACAGGGAAGGUCUCGCUGUGGCAUUUGCGUUCCUCACGGCGACCGCGUACGGCUAUGCUCAAUAUCUCUCCAUCGCCUACAUCCAAUUUGGUGCCGACCAAGUCGAACUCGGCAUCGCUGGCGGCUUAGCCGGCGUUGCAAGACUUUCCGGUGGCGCCAUUGCGGUCAGCGUGUUCCAGACGAUCCUGGCCAGCGUUCAGAAGUCGCAUGCUGCAGCCGAUGUCCCCGCCGCCGUUGAAGCCGCUGGCGGCUCGGCCAAAGUUGCAGAGGCUGUGUUGGGUGCCCUGUCGCUCGGGUCGGAAGCUGUGGCACAAGUCCAAGGUGCCACCGCAGCCAUCAUCGAAGCGGCAGCUGCCGCAUAUCAACAAAGCUACGUCGCAGGCCUCAGGACGGUGGCCUUGGCAUCAGUGGGGUUCGGUGGGAUGGCUAUCCUCGCCACGCUAGCCUUGGAAGAUAUCGGACCCAAAAUGACACCCAAGAUCGAGAUAUUCUUGGAGAAUGAUGUCCAAGCGGAAAAGAAUGUCUAUCAUUGA